GUGAAAGUGAAAGUGUUUCUCCCUCCGAAUCGACUCCAUUUUGUGAAGCGUUUGUACAAGUUAAAACAUCUUUAUCAGCAGCAGAAACGGUGAUAUUAAUGUGACAGAACAAGGCCUGUUCACUAAAGGAGUGUGAUCCAUUCCAUCAGAAGAGAUCAGACUCUUCAGGACUUCAGCUGUGUUUUUGUGUAAACUUUACUAAUAUUUAAAGAUGGAGACUCCUGAUCUGGACACAGAUAAUGUUUCUACACCAUCAAACAACUGUAAACUCAAGAGAAAGAGAUCAGAAUCACCAACACACAGCUGUAUCUCCAUGAAGAGUGAUCAGUCUAUGGAGGUUCCUCUGAUGUUUAAAGAUGGAGACUCAUCACUUCUACACAGUAAACUCAAGAGAAAGAGAUCAGAAUCACCAACACACAGCUGUAUCUCCAUGAAGAGUGAUCAGUCUAUGGAGGUUCCUCUGAUGUUUAAAGAUGGAGACUCAUCACUUCUACACAGUGAUCUACAGAAGACAGAAAACAGAACAGAAACGAAGAUGACAGAUACAGGGCAUGAGCCAGAAUCUGCUGCUUUAAACGAAUUCCAGAAAAAGUUCAAAUUAAAUCUGAUGAAGAAGUUUCAGUGUUUGAAUGGAGUGAUGAUAAACCUGGGAACCCAAACACUGCUGAAUGAGAUCUACACAGAGCUCUAUAUCACAGAGGGAGACAGUGGAGAAGUCAAUAAUGAACAUGAGGUGAGACAGAUCGAGGCAGCAUCCAGGAGAACAACAACAGAGGAAAAACCAAUCAAAUGCAAUGACAUCUUUAAGCCUUUAUCUGAACAAGACAAACCCAUCAGAACUGUGCUGACAAAGGGAGUCGCUGGCAUCGGAAAAACAGUCUCUGUGCAGAAGUUCAUUCUGGACUGGACUGAAGGGAAAGUAAAUCAGGACGUCCACCUAAUAUUUCCACUUCCUUUCAGAGAGCUGAACUUGAUGAAGGACCAGAAAGUGAGCCUGAUGGAGCUCAUUGAUAUAUUCUUUAAGGAAACAAAAGAAACAGAAAUGUCCAGUUUGGAAAAGAUUCUGUUAAUUUUUGACGGAUUGGAUGAGUGUCGUUUUCCUCUAGAUUUCCAGGACACAGUGACAGUGUGUGAUGUAACUGAAUCAGCAUCAGUGCCUGUGCUGCUGAUAAACCUGAUCAAAGGGAAUCUGCUUCCUUCUGCUCUCAUCUGGAUCACCUCCAGACCUGCAGCAGCUGAUCAAAUCCCCUCUGAGUGUGUGGAUCGAGUCACAGAGGUACGAGGGUUCAAUGACCCACAGAAGGAAGAGUACUUCAGGAAGCGGAUCAGAGAUCAGGGCCUGGCCAAUAACAUCAUCACACACCUGAAGUCAUUAAGAAGCCUCUACAUCAUGUGUCACAUCCCAGUCUUCUGCUGGAUUUCAGCCACUGUUCUAGAGAGAAUGUUGGGUGAAGCAGAGAGUAGAGAGAUUCCCAAGACUCUGACUCAAAUGUACACACACUUCCUCAUCAUUCAGACAAACAUCAUAAGAGAAAAAUACUCAAAGAAGCAGGAGAGUGAUGAAGAAAUGCUUCUUAAACUGGGACAACUGGCUUUUCAGCAGCUGAAGAAAGGGAACCUGAUCUUCUAUGAUGAAGACCUGAGAGAGUGUGGUAUUGAUGUGAGAGAAGCAGCAGUGUACUCAGGUGUGUGUACUCAGAUCUUCAGAGAGGAGUUUGGGCUUCACCAGAGUAAAGUGUACUGCUUUGUUCAUCUGAGCAUUCAGGAGCAUCUCGCAGCUCUGUAUGUGCACCUGACCUUCAUGAAGGAGAAGAGAAAUGUUCUGAUACAGAAUCAAGAUGAUAAAUGUUGGACGAAAGAAGAUGCAAUCUCAGAUGUACACAAGAGUGCUGUAUUUCAGGCUUUACAAAGUAAGACUGGACAUUUGGAUCUUUUCAUUCGCUUUCUUCUGGGUCUCUCACUGGAGUCCAUCCAGAAACUCUUACAUGUUUUAGUAACACAGACAGGAAGUAGCUCACAGAGCACACAGGAAACAGUUCAGUACAUUAAGGAGAAGAUCAGUAUCGAUUAUCCUACAGAGAAAUCCAUCAAUCUGUUCCACUGUCUGAAUGAACUGGGUGAUAAUUCUCUAGUGGAGGAAAUCCAACACUACCUGAAAUCUGGAAAACAAAGUGAACUUUCUUCUUCACAGUGGUCUGCUCUGGUGUUUGUGUUACUGACAUCAGCACAGGAGCUGGAUGAGUUUGACCUGAGUAAAUAUUUCAGUACAGAUAAGAUAACAGAAGACGUGGUUCUGAAGAUGAUGCCUGUGAUUACAGCAUCCAGUAAAGCAAUUAUCAGCUGUGAUUCACUUGGAGUAAAAAGUUGGUCAUCUCUGGACUCAGCACUCAGAUCAGAAACCUCCAAACUGAGAGAACUUCAUCUGACUGUGAAAAAACUGAUUCUGUCUGAGAAUAAACUAGGAGACUCAGGAGUGAAGAUUCUCUCUGCUGUACUGGAGAAUCCUCACUGUAAAGUGGAGACACUGAGGUUGUGUAAUUGUGGUAUCUCAGAUGAAGGCUGUACUGCUCUGACUUCAGCUCUGAGAUCAAACCAUUCACACCUGAGAGAACUGGAUAUGUCCGAUUAUAAACUAGGAGACUCAGGAGUGAAGAGUUUCUCUGCUGUACUGGAGAAUCCUAACUGUAAAGUGGAGACACUGAGGUUGUGUAGUUGUGGUGUCUCAGAUGAAGGCUGUGCUGCUCUGACUUCAGCUCUGAGAUCAAACCCCUCACACCUGAGAGAACUGAAUCUGUCCUGGAAUAAACUAGUAGACUCAGGAGUGAAGAUUCUCUCUGCUGUACUGGAGAAUCCUCACUGUAAACUGGAGACACUGAGGUUGCGUAAGUGUGGUGUCUCAGAUGAAGGCUGUGCUGCUCUGACUUCAGCUCUGAGAUCAAACCCCUCACACCUGAGAGAACUGGAUCUGUCUGAUAAUAAACUAGGAGACUCUGGAGUGAAGAAUCUCUCUGCUGUACUGGAGAAUCCUCACUGUAAACUGGAGAUACUGGGGUUGUAUAAGUGUGGUGUCUCAGAUGAAGGCUGUGCUGCUCUGACUUUAGCUCUAAGAUCAAACCCCUCACACCUGAGAGAACUGGAUCUGUCCUAUAAUAUUCUAGGAGACUCAGGAGUGAAGAUUCUCUCUGAUCUUGAGCAUGAUGAACAUUACAAACUACAGACCCUCAGGCUCUAAUGAAUAUCUGUGUGUGAUGAAGACUCCAGUGUUCCUGCAUUGCCAUGAUGGAGAAUAGAGAACAUGUUUAUUAACACAUCACUCAUUUAGUUCUAACACAUUAAACAGACUCAAGAGACGUGAGAAGUGUGUGUUCAUCGUGUACAGUGAAUCAGACUAAACACAAUUCUACACUGAGUUUAUGAUGACCUCUGAUCCCUGGAUAAAAUUCCCUGGACGUCAAUCCCAUAAAAACCUGAGGGAUUAUUUGGAACAGCAGGUGAAAACCCACAUGAACUUGAGCUGAACCCAGUCAGUGGAAGAGAAAAUAAAAUGGACAGGAACAGUUUCAGGACAUUGGUGGAUUUCUCACAUGAUAGGAUUGGAGUUUAUCUGAGGAGUUUAUCUGAUGAAGCCCAUAGGAGACUCACUACAAGUCACAUUUAUCACUUUGUCCUUUGGGUAAUUAAUGUUCCAGUGAUGUUAUACUAAAUAUCAGAACUCUUCUAAUCAAAUCAAAUUAAUAUUCCUCCACUAACUGUUGUAUAAUGUAGUUUUGAUGGUUUGUGAUUUUACUGUUUGUGUGAUUUAUUUGUUUAUUAUUGUAACAUGAUUUAUACUUUUUACACAUGUAUACUUAUAGCUAUUUUACUGGAUACUUACUGUAACUAAAAUUAUAUUGUAUAAAGGUACUUAACCCUUGUAUUUUCCUCCUAUGGGAAUUACAGUAGGAUCGAGUAGUCAACUUGACCUUGUCUGUUUUGACUGCUUAUAAAAAAUGAAGUAUAUAUGAUAGCCUUUUUUUCACCUUUUUAGUCUAACUUGUUUCCAACAUAUUAACAUAUAUUUUGCAAAAAAAUUAUAUUUGGUUUAAUAAACCUUAUUUAUAUACAAAAAUGUAUAUAUGUUUUUAUUAGUAAAAAAACAUGGAAUUAUUAUACAGGCUGAUAUAUUUCAAAGGCAGGAGAUUGUUUUGAAACCAUUUUGACCAUUUUUAAUGUCAGCAAAUAAUAAAACCUGUUUUUUUCCAGGCCAAA